AUGGGGAAGGCCGACAAUGAAAACACACCUGAAGCAGUCCCACUAACUCGACAACGGUCGGUCUCACUCGCAUCACACACAUCCUCCGACUCGGGUCUCUCGGUCGCUUCGGCCUCGUUCAUGGAAGCACACAAGGAACAGCUGUUGGCCGCGGCUGACAGGGAGGGGGACGAUCAAGAUGAUCGAUACCGCGAUAUCGAAGAUGGCGUCGAGCCCGGAUCCGACGAACCCUUCCUCUCCUCUCGGAACAAGAAACCUGCUACGAGCAGUCGCAUGCGUCGGGUCCUAUGGUUGCUCGGCCUCCUCUGCGUCGGGGGCUGGGUGCUCGCAUUUGUGCUCUUCCUCGCUCAGAAGCGACCGGGUACCGCGGCCCUAUCGUCAGUCUCUACCGUCAGCAUCCACGAUCCGGAUUCCGCUACGGGCGGCACGAGCUACGGGAGCCCGGUCACUCUGGACCAGGUGCUGACUGGCCAGUGGUCUGCGCAGUCGCACGCGAUCUCGUGGGUGGCCGGACCAAAGGGUGAGGAUGGACUAAUGGUUGAGCGCGGCGAAAGCGGAGACGGGUACCUACGUGUGGAGGACAUUCGCAGUCGGAAAGAUGGUAGCGAGAGCUCCAAUACUCGGGUUUUGAUGAAAAAGUCCCAUUUUAUGGUCGAUGGCGAAUAUGUCACCCCCGCGAAGACAUGGCCAAGCCCGAAUAUGGAGAAGGUCUUGGUUGCAUCUUCUAUUCAAUCGAACUGGCGACACUCGUUCUAUGGAAAGUACUGGAUCUUUGAUGUUGCUACCCAGACGGCCGAGCCGUUGGAUCCGAGUAAUAAGAGCGACCGUGUGCAGCUGGCUGCUUGGUCGCCGCAGUCUGAUGCUGUUGUCUUUGUUCGCGAUAACAACCUUUACUUGCGCAAACUGUCCUCUUACCAGGUCACUCCGAUCACAAAGGAUGGAAACAAGGAUCUCUUCUAUGGUGUUCCUGAUUGGGUUUAUGAGGAAGAGGUCUUUUCUGGAAAUUCGGGAACUUGGUGGGCGCGUGAUGGCAAGUUCCUUGCCUUCUUGCGGACCGAGGAGGCUGAAGUUCCUGAAUAUCCUGUCCAGUACUUCCUCUCUCGCCCUUCGGGCAAGAAGCCUCUACCUGGACUCGAAAACUACCCAGAAGUUCGACAGAUCAAGUACCCCAAGGCCGGUAGCCCGAACCCCGUGGUCCGCUUGGAGUUCUAUGAUGUUGAUCGGGAAGAAGUAUUUGUUGUCGACAUGCCGGAGGACUUCCAAGAUGACGAUCGCAUCAUUAUCGAAGUUGUUUGGGCAUCCGAGGGCAAGGUGCUUGUCCGAGAGACGAACCGUGAGAGUGAUGUGACAAAGAUAUUCUUGGUAGACACGCAAACCCGGACCGGAAAGAUUGUUCGCUCAGUGGAUGUUGCCGGACUCGACGGUGGAUGGGUUGAGCCCUCGCAGUCCACACGGUUUAUCCCUGCCGAUCCUGCAAAUGGCCGACCACACGACGGAUACGUAGACACCGUGAUCUAUGAAGGCUACGACCAUCUGGCAUACUUCUCCCCUCUCGAUAGCUCUGAGCCCGUUAUGCUCACCAAGGGAGACUGGGAGGUGGUGUCUGCGCCCUCCGCUGUUGACUUGCAGAGAAACAUUGUGUACUUCGUUGCGACCAAAGAGGCACCAACCCAGCGUCAUGUAUACCAAGUGAAGCUGGACGGAUCUGACCUUCGCCCGUUGACCGAUACAUCCAAAGCCGGGUACUAUGAGAUCUCCUUCUCGGAGGGCUCUGGAUACGCGCUCCUCAGCUCCAAGGGGCCAGCCGUCCCGUGGCAGGCCAUCAUCAACACGCUGGGAGAGAAGCUCGAGUACGAGGCCGUGAUUGAAGAAAAUGCCCGACUCACCCAGAUGGUUGAAGACUACGCCCUCCCUGCAGAGAUCUACACCAACGUGACCGUCGACGGAUAUGUCCUCCAAGUCGUUGAACGCCGGCCCCCACACUUCAACCCAGCCAAGAAAUACCCCGUGCUUUUCUACAUGUACGCCGGUCCUGGCUCCCAAACAGUGGACCGCAAAUUCACCGUGGACUUCCAAACGUACAUCGCCUCUAGCUUGGGAUACAUCGUCGUCACAGUGGAUGGCCGCGGAACGGGAUGGAUUGGUCGCAAAGCGCGGUGCAUCGUCCGCGGUAACCUCGGCCACUAUGAAGCCCACGACCAGAUCGAGGCUGCUAAGAUCUACGCCGCGAAGUCCUACGUAGACGAAUCCCGCAUGGCAAUCUGGGGCUGGAGUUUCGGCGGCUUCAUGACUCUCAAGGUUCUUGAGCUGGACGCAGGCCAAACUUUCCAGUACGGCAUGGCCGUCGCGCCCGUGACGGACUGGAGGUUCUAUGACUCCAUUUACACCGAAAGAUACAUGCACACACCCCAGCACAACCCAUCAGGCUACGAGAACUCGACCAUCACCGACGUAAAGGCCAUUAGUCAAAACGUUCGAUUCCUGAUCAUGCACGGCAACGCAGACGACAACGUCCAUCUGCAAAACACCCUCACACUCAUCGACAAGCUGGACUUGGCGAACGUCGACAAUUAUGACAUGCAGAUCUUCCCUGAUUCAGAUCACAGCAUCAUCUUCCAUAAUGGACAUACUUUGGUAUAUGAACGCCUUUCUAGCUGGCUUAUUAAUGCGUUCAAUGGGGAGUGGCAUCGUAUCGCGAACCCGAAGCCGGAGGAGGAUUCGGUGUGGAAUAGAGCUAAGCGCUCGUUGCCGCUUAAAUACUUUGUUUGA